GACAAACUCUUGAUAUAUUUUAUUUAAAUGAACACCCCAGAUUGUAUUAUUUCAGCGUGAUUUAAUUUGCAGUCUGCUAUCUUACCCCGCUCAAACCCGAUCCAAGUGGGAGAAGCCGAGAAAUGCAGGGAUCGGAUGAGAAGCCGAGACUGAAGAUAGAGUGACCCGAUCCCUGCAUCCGAACAGUGUGGUCGUUUUUGAUGUCAUCCAGGGCCUGUAUACUGGUUCUGGCAAGGAGAUUGAGCGAUUUGGCAUAUGCAAGCAACUUACUUCGGGAUCAUGAUGGGAAUGUGGUGUGUGGAUUGUAGUGGGACAAUAGACGGGGAAUAGCUAUAUAAGGCCUGUCUAUAUCGUUCGAAAUUUCUCUAUCAACAUCAACAUUCAAACAUCAUACAGACAGAAAGAACAAUGACUUCCAUGCUGCACUACUUCCGCUUCGGCAGCAGCCCCUCCAAAGCCGAAACACCCAGCAAUGCGCCCGUCCGUGCUCUGCCGGCCUCCUGGUACACCUCGCAGGAGAUGUACGAGCUAGAACGCCGUGCCAUCUUCUCCAAGCGCUGGAUCUUCCUCACCCACAACUCGCGCCUCAAGGAGACCGGUGACUGGCUGCGCUACGAAAUGGCCGGGUUCGACUUCAUCGUCAUCCGAGACCGACAGGGCAACAUCAACGCCUUCCACAAUACAUGUCGCCACCGCGCGUAUCCCGUGAUCGAGAAGCACGGUCAAGGGAAUGCGAAGAUCGUCGCCUGUCGGUAUCACGGCUGGUCGUACGGGCUGAAUGGCAAGCUCGCCAAAGCACCGGGAUAUCAGGAGCUGGAGGGGUUUGACAAGGAGCAGAACGGGCUGUUUGGGAUCCAUGUCAAGGUGGACGUGAAUGGCUUCAUCUGGGUGAAUAUGGAUUCAAAGGAGACCCCAGAAGUGUCGUGGGAAGAGCACUUCAAAGACGUUGACCGGCAGGACCGGUACAAGGCGUACAACUUCAACGACUACCAUCUCGACCAUGCGUACGAGCUGGACGGCAGAUACAACUGGAAGAUCCUCGCGGAUAACUUCAACGAAUGCUACCACUGCCCGACCACCCACGCGGACAUUCCCGAGUUUCUCAAUCUCGAGUCGUUCGACAGCGACACCAAAGACGGCCAUAUCCAGCAUCACUGCGAGUCGACUCCAGAGCAGCUGGCCAAGGGUCUUUACACGGCCAGCACCUACUACUUUCCCGUGUCUGCCAUGGUGGUGUCACCACACUUCAUCAUGAUCCAAAAGUUCCUCCCCCAAGGCCCCCGAGACUCCUCCAUGGCCUACGAAAUCUACCGCAACAAGAACUCCUCCGACGAAGACUUUAAACUCAUCAGUGACAUGUACGCGCGCGUGAUGGGAGAAGACAAAGUGCUCUGCAACAACCAGCAGAAGAAUCUCGACCGGGGCAUCUUCAUCAACGGCCAGCUGCAUCCGAAGUACGAGAAAGCGCCGCUCUUCUUCCAGAAUACAGUUCGUGAGGUCGUGACGGAGCAUUUCAACCGGGAGAAAGAAGCGGGGGCGCAGGUGUGGCCGGCGAGACAGAAAUUGCCGUGCAGUGCGCAGGUGACUGAGAAGGAUGAGGAGAUCUGCGCGAGUCUGGGAUGUGGUGCGGAGAAGGAGGGUCUUGCUUGGUGAUUGUUUGUAUCUAUUCGUAUUGGUUAUCUAUAAGAGAUGUUAUAACCCGAGGCUAUCUCGGCUUCCAAACCCGAC